GGGCGCGUUGUUCUCGACUUCACGACCCAUUGAACCGGAAAAACCGGUGAACAUUUUAUCAAAAAGAACCAUAGAGAGAUCAAUGUUGGUUUCGAUCUACUGCUUCUUCGGUUUGGUAAGAUACGCAGGUGCAUUACAGAUUAACGUGUUUCUUAUAUUUAUAUAUUAUCGUUUUGCUUCACUGUUUUGUUCAAGUUUAUAAAUUAUAGGGUUGUAAUUUUGUUCCAAUAUAAAAUUCUUUCUUUAUAUUAUAGUCGCAAUCAAUAAACAGAGCAAUAACCUUUUAGAAACAAAACCAUAGUCAUCUUCGAAUAAUUUAUCCUAAAAAGAAAAAAGACUUAUUAAAAAAAAAAAAAAAAAAAAAAACAGAAACCUAAAGUAAGUAAUUAACAAGCACAUGAAAAAAUUGAUUCUUAAACUCCUUAACAAGACAUUCCAAGCUUCUUCAACACUUCACACGACCAAAUUGUAAUCUCAUAAGUCAUAACUAAGACAUAAUACCCAAUAAUCAAAUCAAAACCCUUAUUUUGAACAAUGUCUCCACUUCACUCUUACUUUAUCUUCUUCUUCCUUCUUAUGGCCAUCCUUCUUCAAUCAUCAACAACAUCAUCCCAAUCAAAUCUCUGCAGAUCUUCUUGCGGCAACAUUCCGAUAAAUUACCCUUUUUCCAUCGACGACGGUUGUGGUAGCCCUUAUUACAGACACAUGCUCAUUUGCUCUGACAACAACACCAAGCUCGAACUUAGAACACCAUCUGGUAAAUACCCUGUUAAAUCCAUAAGCUACUCUGAUCCUCACCUUCUUGUCUCCGAUCCAUUUAUGUGGAAUUGUCAAGAUCGAGACAAUUUUCGACCAACUAGAUCAUUUAGCAUCGAUUCAAGCACACACUUCACUGUCUCCCCUCAAAACGACUACUUGUUCUUCAACUGCAACACCGAGAAAGUAAUAGUCGAGCCAAAACCGCUCUUCUGCGAGAGGUUUCCAGAUAGAUGUGACUCGUCCUGCGAUAGUUCAAGCUAUUUAUGCAGGCAUUUGCCCGAAUGCGGCUCUGCUUUGGGAUCUAGGGUUUCUUGUUGCUCGUAUUACCCGAAAGCCACUCAGUCUCUUAGGCUCAUGCUGCAGAACUGCGCGACAUAUACAAGCGUGUAUUGGAGGAGUACAGGUGUGGAGAAUGCACCGUAUGAUCAGUUUCCAGAGUACGGGAUUAGGGUUGAUUUCGAAUUUCCAGUGACUAUGAAGUGCCUUCUUUGCCAAGAAACGACGAAAGGUAGUGGAGUUUGUGGGUUUAAUACGAGGACUCGGGAUUUCUUGUGCCUUUGCAAACAAGGCAACGUCACUACUUAUUGCAAAGAUCCAAGCCUCGUAAAGCAUAAACGCGUUGGAGCUAUGGCAGGAACAGUGACGGCAGUUUCAGCGGCCGGAGCGAUUGGCGUUGCGGGUGGAGUGUAUUGGUACUUGAGGAAAGUGAGAGCCAAAGCUCCGGUCACUUGUGGAGUGCAAAGCAACGAAAACAGAAUUUUCUAAAAGCUCCAAUGAAAUCAUAACUUUAAGAAGACAAAAGCAUGGUCGGUCCCACACUCACAAUUCCUUUUUCUUCUGUUUCGUUCUUUUUUUUUUUUGUCUUUUUUUUUUUAAUUUUCCUUUUAUCUUUGAUCUUGUGUAGACUACAAAGUUGGGAUAAAGAUUUUUGUAUUUUUGGUAUAGUAAUUUUUCGUUUUGGUCGGAUAGUAAA